UGCAACCAUCGUUCACAAACACUGUUUGUAUGCAAUUUUACUGAAAAUUAGGAUGAAAUACAGUUCCUUAGUCUUUCACUUUGUUCCUGCUGUCUGUGAUAAGACUCAGAAAUGUGUUUUAUUGGCAAGAUAUCUUGUUUCAGACCUAACACAAUGUCUCAUGUUUAUUUUACACACUGAACUAACACAACUUUAAAGCUCUUUGGAACACAAUCGAAGCUAACUACCUGAAGUAUCUUAUGUGUGGAGUUGUUCAUUAAGUCAUUUAUAGAGUUAGUUAAUCGGAAGUGCACGUAUAAUCUCUUCAAAAUGGUCGUUUUGACUUUUUUACUCCAAUUGAUGGUGAAUCAUGGUGAUGUACAUACUUGUAUGUCGCAUGUUGAUCUUUAUAUAUAUUCCUACAACUUAACAUGUUAAUACGACGGUAUACCAGAAGUAAAAAUACGAGAUUUUAGUUGAAGCUAUAUAUUUCAUACAUGCUUAUUCACAGAUAAACUGUGAUUGUCGACUAAAUAAACGAAGGUUUUGGGUUGGUGACAUACCAGUUCGUGAAUUAAUUCUGUGCCUUACCUUAUUUAGGUAAAACAGAGUAAUUUAGGCUAGUAAGUGGACAACAAACAGAGUAGUUGGUGAAUAGGCAUGCACACAAACAAAGAGCAUAUAGUAACAUAAAUAUGGUCAACAAGGGCAUGGAUAACAAAAAUAAGUAUAUAGAAAGUUACGAUUACUUGUAAGAUAUAUCGAAUUAUUAGGAAUGUAAGACGGACUCAAUAGUCACAUGGUGUCUGAUUUAUCAAUAUUUGUCCAACAAUUAGAAUACAUCCAUAUAGGAGAUAUGAAGAGUCACUAUAUCUUUACAUUGUGCUCCACCUCGAAAGUCUUCGUCCUGGAGUUGUUCCAGAAGUGAUUAACUUAAAAAUAGCCACAAAAUUCUCCCGACCCAGAACCUUGGACUAAAAAUACACUUGAGUGUUAUGAAUAUUAUACUAUGCAUAUUGGUGUUAAUAAUUCAGACUAUUUACCAUCAUUGAUAGUGCAGAAAUCACCUGUUAACUUUUAUAUUGGACUUUGCCUUGCCUUAUUGUCGACCUUAUUCAUUGGAACUAGUUUUAUAUUUAAAAAGCUUGCACUUCGUCGAAGUUCCAGGAAUGGAUUUAGCGCUGGUGAUGGAUCCCUAAGUUAUUUGUGUGAAUGGAUGUGGUGGAUGGGUUUUAUUCUAAUGGGUAUUGGUGAAUUUGCCAAUUUUGUAGCGUAUACAUUCGCUCCAGCUAUACUAGUGACACCGUUAGGUGCAUUAUCUGUACUUGUUAGUGCACUGUUAAGUGUACGCUUUUUAAAUGAACAUUUAAAUUGUAUUGGUGGAUUUGGAUGCGGUAUAUGUAUAUUAGGUUCAACUUUAAUUGUAUUACAUGCACCAAAAGAACAAAAUUUAACAUCACUACAUGAAAUGUGGUUAAGAGCUACCGAUCCAUCUUUCAUUAUCUACAGUUUAUUCGUUAUAUUAAUGUCCAUCGUAUUGAUUUUUAUUUUGGGUCCACGUUAUGGUAAAACAAACCCAAUUAUCUUCACAUUGGUCAGUGGAAGUAUUGGCUCAUUGUCAGUUGUUGCUUGUAAAGGUAUUGGUGUAGGAUUAAAAAAUGCAUUCACCAUUGGCUUUUCAUCAAUGUUCUCAUCAUGGUUUUUUUGGUUCCUGAUGAUCUGGCUUAUUGGUGCAAUCACAAUACAAAUGUAUUAUUUAAAUCGAGCAUUAGAUUUAUUCAGUACUGGCAUAAUUACACCGUUACUAUAUGUGUUCUUCACUGGCUUUGUAAUUAUUGCAUCAACAGUGUUAUUUCAUGAAUUGAAUGCAUUGAAUUAUAUGGAUUAUGUUGGUUUAAUAUUCGGUUUGAUAUUCACAGUGUUAGGUAUUGUUAUGAUUACUGUGCUAAAGGAUUCCAAUUUCUCAUGGAAGAGCUUACGAACAUUUUUUCAGGCAAAGCAUUCAACCUACUCGUCAUCAAACAGUUCAUUCGACAUGCACAAUAAACUUUAUCGUCGUAUUACUGCAUUCAAACCAACACUGUAUGACUGGAAAACUCGACAUAGUAGACGUUUAUCAUUCGGUCAAUUGAGUACCGAAAAGUUAGUCUCUGAUCAUCAUUCUGAUUCUGAACUCACUGAUGUUGUACAGCUAUUGCCACAUAUAACUAGUCGUAAUAUUAAUCAAAAUGGUCAUCUAAUGUCAGGUAAGGCAAGAAUGAAAAGAAUUCAAACAUUUACUGAUUCUCCACAAUUGUAUACUCUAACAAACGGAAUAGUUUCUGUUUCUACUUAAAACUUUGAGACAAACUAAACAAGAUUCAUUUCAUUUAUAAGUAUGACAAUCAUCGUAAAUGUAUAGUUGUCCUCAUAGGUGGAUGAUACAUAUAUAUACUCUCCAAAUCACGUUAUAUGUCACAUUUCCAUUCGUGCUUUAAGUUACUUCUAUUUUCAACCGUUCCAUUUAGAUCAUUUAAAUUUCCAUCUGUACUGUAAACCCUUGAAAUAAGAAUGACAAUUACGAGUUAUUGUCUUUCACAACUAUUCUCAUAGUUUUUAUCAUGAUUAUUAUUGUCGUCACUAUAUUUCUUUCUCUUUGUUUUGAAUAAUUCUAAUUAGAUUUUGUAUAGGACAGUAUUUUCUGAUUGUUAAUAAGUAGUAUAAGUUGGUUUAUUUUUUCGUUGUUGCUUUACCCCCCCCCCAUAUUUAUGGAACAUUAACCACCUAUACUUUUAUUACUGAUUAUCUAAUUAGAAUUAGAUAAUCUUAUAUUUGACUAAUAUUAUUAAUUUUAUAAAUUGUAUGAACAUUAUUUAAGCAAAUUAUUCAUACUACUUAUUAAUUUAUUGAAUAAUUAACUUUAUUAUUUAUAUAUCCAUUUACUUAUUCAUUCAUUCAUUCAUUCAUUCAUUCUUAUUUACAAACAUUGAUACGUAAACAAAAUGAGCAUAUUUGAAUAAGAUUUGAAAUCGCAGUUUAGUGUUGUUGUUUGUUUGUUUUUCUAUGCUGUUUUCUUGGUAUGAAUUUUCUGUUUCAAUUUUAGAAUUU